CUGUGUCCUUGUUGGAUGAAGAAGCUAUUAAGCUGCCAUCGCCUAAACUGCGAACUUUUUACUCUUCCACAAACCAAUCCACCAUCUCCCAUUCUAGCCGAUUCGCUUAUUGAUAGAACACCUUCUCCACCAGCUUCGAGAUCAAUUUCUUCAACCUCCAGGUCAGCUAAUAAAUCCAACAGAUCCAACAAAUCAAACAAAUCAUCAACCUCAUCGACAACAACUCCAUUAGUCUCGAGAUCAAAUACGCGAUCAAGUACUCAAUCGAAUUCUAAAUCAAAUUCAUCACUAACUACUCCAUUAGUUUCGAGAUCAACUGCCAGGUCGUCCAGAGCAUCUUCAAUAGCAACAGGUAGAUCUGUAGCUAAUUCUACUGUCAAUUCUUCACUUGCUGACAUAUCAAUUGGUUCACCCAAUUCACCGCCUAUUUCUCCAGUUAAUUCUCCCGUUGCUUCACCAGCUAAUUCUACUGUCAAUUCCCCAGUUAAUUCGCUUGUUAAAUCUGCAGGUAACUCACCUAAAAGAUUAUCAUCUAUUGUACCAAAUGAGGAAUUGAUAAACAAUGAAAAUGAUUAUGAGAGCAUUGAACAUGGAGAAAUGAUGACCAAUGAAGAUGAUGAUGCAACAACUUGUCCAUUUGUUUCAUCUCCGGCAGUUAAUCCAACAGUCGAAUUGGAUAAUCCAGUGAUCACUAAUGAUAAUAUUGAUCCUGUUGAAGAGGCUGCCAGAGUAUCAACACCGUCUACCAGUCGAUUAACGACCUUAAUUGAAAAAGUUGCCAGUACACCAGUUAAGAUAACCACCCCAAGGAAAUCUCUCUCAGGUGUUUCAUCAGCCAGAGUAUCAACAUCAUCGACCAUUCAACCAACCACCUUAACACCAACUAGAAUUAGUUCUUCAUCAAGACCUAAAAGAUUCCUUAAAAACAAACGAAUUCAAACAUGGAGAGGAGAACGUCCAAUUUAUGUUCCAUUGGAAAACGGAUGCUACAAAAUCAUCGGCACUUCAGCUCCUCACACUCCAGAUUUUAUGAAAAGAAAAAAGCGAGUAACAUUGAAAAGAAAAAAAAUGAACGAACCAAAGGAAAAAGAUCCCGAAGACCAAGUCGAUGUUUCGGAAACUUUUGUGGAAAAAAGUGACACAACAAAGGAAAAGUUGUCCAAGAUUUUCCUUAAUCGAGAAAAUCUCAACUGGAAAAAAUUAAAAGUCCACAAGAAUCUUGAACAUGCAUCACUAAUAAAAUCAAAGGAAGAUAAGCAGAUCGUUGGUUAUUUCCGUUUUAUCGAAAAAUGCAACAAACCAGUUAACAAAACAGGAAAAUAUUUACAAUUAUACAUCCUGAUGGAAGGGAGUAUCGCCGUCACGAUUGAAGAUGAGCCCCCGGUUCUGAUUAAGAAAUUAGAUCCAGUGAUUAUUCCUCCAGAGACAAAUUAUUCAAUGGAAAAUAUGAUUGACGGUGAAUCAAUUUUACUUUUCGCUAUUCUCUGAGUACAAAGAUGAAAUUUUCCAUUGAUUUCAUAUCAUCAAUUUGUGGUCAACUUUAUACAAAGAAUCUGACUAAUUAUUAUUAUAUUGUCACAAUCAACUACUCUUCAUUUACUUACAAAACAUCUUAAUUCUUUACUUUCUCAUGCUAAUUUCUCUUCAUCAUCACCAUGUAAAUAGAAAAAUGAAUUUCUAUCAGAUGUUUAUCCAGUAAAACACAACAAUAAUCAUGAAUAAAGGUGAACAUCCAUUCAUCAAUUACCCAACUAAUCAGAAUUGAAUUUUCCACGACAGUUCCAGUUAAAUGGUUGAAUCAAAUCAAUGAUAAUCAAACGCUCGAUUAAGAUUAAAUUUACCUCUUCUACAAGAGGGGUUAUUAAUUAUAGUGAAAGUGAUCAAUUGACAAAAACAAAAUUGUGGGUGUUACAAGUUAAUUGUUACCCUCCCAUUCAAUUUUCAGUAAUUGUAAUUAAAUUGGUUUACCUUCAUGUUGCUCUUGAAAAGUGAGUUUUUCCUUGAAUUUCAGGUUGAAUUGCAGAUUCAUUUCAUGAAACUUGUUUUCCAUGUUCACUGGAUUGAGGUAAACGAUUGUUGAUAAAUUACAACUUUAAAUUGAUUCUUUAAAGUUAAUGUAUCAUUGAUUGUUGUUGAUUGUUAUUCUCAUUUGGUUCACAAUUUUUUUUUAAUGUCACUCUGAUCUCAAAUAUCCCAAUCAGUUGGUGAAAAGAAAACAAUAUUUUCAUAACAAGAAACUUUGAUUAUCAUUCAAUCAACUAUUUGUGAUUGUUUACCUUCAGUAUUUUCACCAGAAUAAGAAUCAUCUUUUAAUUGUCUUGUCAAUUGUGUUUUAUGUGAUCAACUUCAAUUGUCACAAUUAAAAUUGGAGAAUAUAAUUCAACUGUCUGGCCAUCGUCAAAAAGGCUCUUUGUUUAGUUAAUUGUUUCUCCUUCUAAUUAGGUGAUGACUUGAGUUUCUCAUCUCAUGCAAUUGGAAUCAACAGAAAAACAG